GAGAUUCGUUCUCUAUUUUUCUUGUGUCAUGAACGUGGGAGAUUGCUUGAGAUUCGGAUUUCUUCCAUCCUUCGAAAAGGACUAUGUAUUAUUUUGUUAUUUUAUCAGAUAUAUAUCAAAACCCGAAUGCUCGAUACUCUUGGCAUCGAUCUGUCCAGAAGGCACAAAUCACGAUUGUUACAUGUGCAUGUAUGCAUGUUGUGUAUGGGGAAGGUUGCUUCUUAAUUAAAAAUACUCUGAUCUGUUCAUAUAUUCCUUUCUUCCUUCCUUCAACAACACAGAUCAUACAAGUGCUCUGUCGUAUCCUGCGCCCAUAUCCGCUAUAUAUAUUAAAUUUCCGUUCCUACCAAGCUAAGUUGUAGAGAAGCUAAUUAAGAUAUGGCGGAUUGGGGGCCGGUGGUGAUAGCGGUGGUGCUGUUCGUGCUGUUGAGUCCGGGGCUGCUGUUUCAGUUACCGGGGAGGAUGAGGGUGGUGGAGUUUGCGGACAUGCAGACCAGUGCACUAUCGAUACUUGUCCACGCCAUUAUCUUCUUUGGUCUCAUCACCAUCUUCCUCGUCGCCAUAGGCGUUCACAUCUACACCGGAUAAUUCUUAAUUUAACUACUUCUGAAUUCACUUCUCCUUCUAAUUAGUUUUAUGUGUUAGAUGUUGUCACAACUGAUUUGUAUUUGUUCUACUCCUGUUGGUGUUCUUUUUGUUGAAGAUUGCCUUUGCUGCUCUGGUUUUGGAUUGUGAUGUUUUGUUGUUGUUCUUGUAAUGAAAUAUUUGAUUACCAAUAGUCAGAGUACUAUUGAUAGUAUCAUCUAAAAAAAGAGCAUCAUUGAU